GCGCGGCUCCGCCCGCCCGGUGCGGCGGCAAAGGGCGGCCGGGCUUCUUCCGCCACCUCCCGCCAUGGUGGGCCCGGCCGGCGGGGCGCCGCUGGAGAACGCCAACCCCCUCAUCUACCGCCGCUCCGGGGAGCGGCCCGUGACGGCGAGGGAGGAGGACGACGAGCUGCCCGACUCCAUUGACGACCGGGAGAUCUUCGAUCUCAUCCGCUCCAUUAACGAUCCCGAGCACCCCCUCACCCUGGAGGAGCUGAAUGUUGUUGAGCAAGUUCGAGUUAAAGUGAACGAUGCCGAGAGCACCGUGGCAGUGGAGUUCACCCCUACAAUUCCCCACUGCAGCAUGGCAACGUUAAUCGGCCUGUCCAUCAAAGUAAAAUUGAUCAGAUCUCUGCCCGAGAGAUUUAAGAUGGAUGUUCAUAUAACACCAGGAACACAUGCCUCUGAACAUGCAGUUAAUAAACAGCUUGCUGAUAAAGAACGUGUAGCAGCUGCUUUGGAAAACUCUCAUUUACUGGAAGUGGUGAAUCAGUGUCUGUCUGCCCGAUCUUAAUUGCCUGAUCAGGAAAUCACCAGUAUAUCCUGCUGUGUUUAACGGAUUUUGUAUAUAAGUGGUGAUGCUAGUAUUUCACUAUACAUGUAUCUAUGAGCAAAAUAAAAUCACUUGGAUUUUCUUAAAUAAAUGUUUAAUUAUUUCUACAAAAAAUAGUAUGGGGGAAACUAGCUUGUAGGCAGCUACAAAAACAUAGUGUAAAUCGGGUUUUCAAGUUUAUUAGUUACUGCACUGGUAGGAUUUUUUUUUUUUUUUGGACGUUCUUUACAACCUGUUUUUAACAGGUAUCUCACUAUCCAAAGAUGAUUAAACUUCAUUUUAGGAACCAAUUUUGCAUACUGGAUUUCACAAGUCCACCGAGCUUAUUAGCAGUUAAAAAUUUUUAUACUCAUAUGAUUGUUUCUGGACUGCUAAUAUAAUUUUUGCCUCAUACAUCAGGAUUUUAACAAGUUCACGUAUGCAAUGUUGUAAAGCAUCUGUAGCAAUAAAUGUAAAUGAUUCUAAAUCA